UCCCAGCUGUCCGUCCACGCGUGAGAAUCCGAUCACCCCCUCCCUCGGCACCCUUCGCCGUUCUACGACUGAAUCAGUUGUAAAACGUCUUUCAAACCAUCAACAGUGGCAUUCGUAUUUCAUCUCUGAUAUUUUCGGCUGGCGAUUCAAAGGCGGCAUAAAGGUUCGUGCAAAUUUCCUUCCCAGAUUCUGUAUUAGACAGCUCUAUUACAAAUCGGCACUUGCAACAUGAGGGAAGAAAAAUAGCUCGUCUAGCAACAUCGACAAAUAGCUGAAAAAUAUUGGACGCAGAUUUUAUGAAGUUAUUAAAGAAUCUGAAGGACUGCACUUGUUUUUAAAAAAAAUUCUCUCUUUAUUUUUUACUAUUUGAUGACGAAAAACUUGUAUUGAUUUAAACUGCAGCAAUUUUGCAUCGAGAAAAUACAAUACAAUUCUAAGGAAAUUGUAGCUUGUUAAUUGAUGAUAAAUUCAAAAGACUGAGCAUUUUCCAAUGUCAACGCAAGAAAGUGCAUCUAGGGACGACAUUUAACUCUUGAAUGAGACGAGAGUAAGUAAUAUAAGAUGUGAGUAAUAUAAUUUUGUAUCCUCCUUAUUGCAAAAUGCGUGUAACAUAUAACUGAGCCUUCCAAACAGAACAACUUCCAACAGAAAAACAAGUGGAAAUUUUCCAAAAUUCUUUGAAGAAAAAAAAAGGAUUUAUAGAAUAACCCCAAUAUAACAAUAGAAAGCAUCAUCAAAAAAUAUUUUUUAAAAACAAAAGUAUAGCAAUAAUUUUUGCACCAAGUUGAAAUUUUUUGCUGGUUCAAAAAUUUUUCCUUGUGAAAUUUCCAAGUAAGCUAAAAUUCGCAAUAAAGCUCCUACACGUGGAAUCUCGUGAACAAAGCAGCUUUACAUAUACAUGCAAACUUGAACUAAAACUGAUUUCUCGCAAAUGUCUUCCGGCAGAACUGUGAACACUUCCUGAUUUAGGCCAGAAUGCAGGAUUCGAGGCCCGCGCUUGAUCGACAGUCCAACAGGUUCUCCCUGUACAGCAUCGAGAGACUUCUGAACGUGAGUCGGGACGUUGUACGGCGCCCCAACAUCGGUGAUAUCCAGGACGUCGUGGGGCCACGGAGCAAACCCGAGGGCGGCGCCAUCGAUUUCAGCGUCCACGCCAGAGGAGACCCCACAGCAGCUCUUCGCGACACUCUUUCAAGGUUGGUCCAUCGGCAAGACCGCAGCUCGCUCUCUGACCUCGGAGUGCUGCAGGAAGAAAGUCCCCCGGCCCCUUCUUCUGCAGAGCAGAGCGACUCGCAGACAAGAGGCCCGCUUCACCCACUCGAAUCCACAGAUGAUGGAGAUGGGACGAACGGGGGUGGUUCGGAUAAGCCCAGGAAAAUUCGUCGCAGUCGAACGACCUUCACCACUUACCAACUGCAUCAAUUGGAGAGAGCUUUCGAGAAAACCCAGUACCCGGAUGUCUUCACCAGAGAGGAACUGGCCAUGAGGCUGGACCUCAGUGAAGCUAGAGUGCAGGUUUGGUUCCAGAACCGAAGAGCCAAAUGGCGGAAGCGAGAGAAAGCAAUGGGGCGGGAUAGCCCUAAUUUACCAUCCGGUGUCGAUCUCCUCAUGGGUCCACGAACAGAUCUUCCACCACUUUAUCCUAACUCUGGACCUCACCUACAUAGCGGUAUGCACAUGCCACCUGCCGAUCACCAUCUGUGGCCCCUUCCUACAAGUCUUCAGAAUCCACUGGGCCUGUCACACAUUCUGAACUUCAAUAAUAACGCCAAUCCUGGCUUAGGACCUCCCGGUUUCUUAGGACAUCAUCACGCACCUUCGUGGCCGAAAGCUGUGACACCUCUCAGUUCAGCUCUGUUAUCCGUUUACAUGCUGAGUUCAGCUGCAGCGGCUUCUGCGUCGACGUCAUCUUCAACCACUGCACCAUCUGUUACCAGUUUUGCCCAUCAUCACGGUCUAUCCACAGCUAAGUCCUCGUUUCUUGGCCAACCGCAUCUUCAACCAGCAUUCCUAGGCAUGGACAGUGGCUCAUUAAUGAAAGGCAUAGAUCCGGGACGAUCGAGUUUGGACAUUUUGCGUUUAAAAGCCAAAGAACAUGCUUUAGAUAGGUCUAACUCCCCUUCUUCAGUUUCAAGACCUGCGUCAUCUUCAUGAACUGCUGUCUUCAAAAAAUGGAACUCAAUUAGCGUAUUGUUUACUGUAACAAACAUUUUUUUUUUUUUUUUAGUUUACUGCAAAAUAUUCUAUUCUUCAAAAACUAUUCUUCGAAUAAUAUCAAGAGCAAAACGAAAAUAUGUUUAUUGCGAAUAUACUUAACAAAAAAAAAAAAUGUUCACGAAUUCCUUUUGUAAUAAGUAUUGGAUGAUAUGGUUUGUAUCCUGAUACAUUACGCUAAUUUGAUGUUAAAUUAUGAUUUGGAGUCAUUUUUUCUUUAUGGAAUUGUGUUGUAUAUAAAGUAGCUGUAAUCUGGAGAGUCCAUAAAUCUCUGACAACUAGAACAAAAAGUUGUGCUGUGAAAACAUUCUUGUUUGUGAGGAAGUUACAAAUAAACCUUUUCUUUUUUUUUCUGUGACCACAUAUCUUCCCAAAUUUUGAAGAGAUGUAGCGAUAAUCUUGUACACUCGAUAAAAGAUUUACAAGUGAA